AUGGUGCGUCAGCUGCACGACGGUAUGAUGGCGCGAGUCACGGACAACGGAGCUGUCUCAGAGGCAUUCGCAGUGACCAAUGGAGUGAAGCAGGGAUGCGUGCUGGCGCCAACCAUCUUCAGUCUUAUGUUAUCUGCCAUGCCGAUGGACGCCUACCGCGACGAACGCCCUGGAAUCCGCAUCGCCUAUAGAACGGACGGUCAUCUCCUGAAUCAACGGCGCAUGAACUUCCAAUCCCGUGUAUCCAAAACCAACGUGCACGAAAUCCUCUUCGCUGACGACUGCGCCCUGAACACCACCUCGGAAGAGGAGAUGCAACGCAGCACGGUCCUAUUCACCGCAGCUUGCGAUAACUUUUGGCUGGUUAUCAACACGCAGAAGACGGUGGUGAUGCAUCAGCCGCCUCCCAACUCAGCCACAGCCCCCAACGCGCCGCAAAUCAGCGUGAAUGGGACUCAACAGCAAGUGGUAGAGAACUUCCCGUACCUGGGCAGUACCCUCUCCCGCAACACCAAGAUCGUCGACGAAGUCGCCAACAGGAUCUCGAAAGCCAGUCAAGCCUUCGGACGCCUCCAAAGCACAGUUUGGAAUCGCUACGGUCUCCAACUGAGCACAAAGCUGAAGAUGUACAAGGCCGUCAUCCUGCCGACGUUACUGUACGGAGCGGAGACGUGUGCGGUGUACACGAGGCAGGCACGUCGACUGAACCAAUACCACCUCAGUUGGCUCCGUCGCAUCCGGAGGCUGAACUGGCAGGACCUCAUCCCCGACACCGAAGUGCUGGAGCGAACGGGAAUGCUCAGCAUAUACGCCAUACUGAGACAAAUGCAGCUGCGCUGGAGCGGCCACCUGGUGCGCAUUGACGACGAGCGACUACCCAAACGACUCUUCUACGGAGACGUCGCGACGGGUUCUUGCCGUCAAGGAGGCCAAAUUCGCCGCUACAUGUAUACCCUGAAGUCCUCCCUGAAGCGCCUGCAAAUCAACCCGACCAACUGGGAAGAGCUCGCCCGCGAUCGUCCGACAUGGAGGAGAACAGUGAAGACGGGCGGUGCUAUCUACGAAGACAACCGCAUCGCCGCCGCCAAAGCGAAACGCGAAGUCCGCAAAUCACAAUCUCGCCCAGUACGCAACGCCGCCGCACAACCGCUUCCUACGUGUCCUCGAUGUCAACGGACAUUCCGGGCACGAAUCGGACUUGUUGGACAUCUUUGGAUCAACUGAGCCUCUUGAACUGCUCCAGCCAUUGUCCCCCCGCCCGCCCCUUCCUCGUCCUCUCUUCCGCCAACUACCUCUGAUAACUCUUCUGCACCACCGCUUCCGUCCUUCUUCUCCUCCUCCUCCUCCUCCUCCUUUCCUCCUCCACCUCCUCCUCCUCCUCCUCCUCCCCCACUGCCCCAGCGGCGGCUGUUCAGACUGCCGUCUCACACACCACCAACCCCAACACAACAGCCGACACCACCCCCACCUCUCCCGAUUCCAGUGAUGAGGAUCAGGACUACACCUGCGCCCACUGCGACCGCACCUUCACCUCUCGCAUCGGCCUGGUCGGUCACUUGUGAAUCCAUCGCACAGAGACUGGCGAGCAAGUGCCUGGAGCACCAACCUACACCCACCGCACUCGCCUCCACUGCCCACACUGCCCUCGCACCUUCAGUCGUCGUAUGUGUCUAUUCGGCCACAUGCGCAUCCAUGAGAGCUGCAUUGACCGCAGCCUAGACACAGCCACCUCGCCGAGCCCCACUCCAAAUCCCCCACCUUGUGCACCCACCAACCUCCCCGCAACCGCCGUCGAUUCCACCGACUCUACCAAACCUCACUGCGCCCCUUCCUACUCCUCUUCCUCCUUCACUGCCACAACGACGGCCGCUUCGGCGUCUGUCGCCCACGAAUUCACCACAGCCGCACCUGACACAACAACUGGCACAACCCCUGCAAACCCCAUCAACAGACGUGAGGGCAAGGCCUACAUCUGCCCUCACUGCGAUCGCACCUUCACUUCACGCAUCGGCCUGGUCGGUCAAUUGAGAAUCCAUCGCACAGAGACUGGCGAACCAGUGCCUGGAGCACCAACCUACACCCACCGCACUCGCCUCCACUGCCCACACUGCCCUCGCACCUUCAGGCGUCGUAUUCGGCCACAUGCGCAUCCACGAGAACGGAAUUGACCAAAAUUCCGAUACACCAACCACGCCCUUCAUGCCCAGCGCCACCCUCGCAUCAUGCGUUUGCACCACCACCAACGCCUCCUCUGCAGCUGACACUGACAACGCCGCCUUCACAUGCCCACACUGUUCACGCACAUUUACCUCACGCAUCGGCCUGAUCGGCCACUUGCGAAUCCAUCGCACAGAGACCGGAGAACCAGUGCCUAGAGCACCAACGUACACCCACCAAGCUCGACUCAACUGCCCACACGGUCCUCGAACUUUCGGGCACCGCAUGGGCCUAUUCGGCCACAUGCGCAUCCACGACGACCUGCGGUAG